CAUGCCUACCAUCAUACACAGUCUUCUCAUUUCGAAUCCUAGACUUCGGCUUGCAGAAAGAAAAAGUCAAAAUGCGUGAGUGUAUCUCCGUACACGUGGGCCAAGCUGGUGUCCAGAUGGGCAAUGCCUGCUGGGAGCUGUACUGCCUGGAGCACGGGAUCCAGCCUGACGGCCAGAUGCCCAGUGACAAGACCAUCGGAGGAGGAGACGACUCCUUCAACACCUUCUUCAGCGAGACCGGGGCGGGCAAACAUGUCCCCCGGGCUGUGUUUGUGGAUCUGGAGCCCACUGUCAUCGACGAGGUGCGCACAGGUACCUACCGCCAGCUGUUCCACCCCGAGCAGCUCAUCACUGGCAAGGAAGACGCUGCCAAUAACUACGCCCGCGGGCACUACACCAUCGGCAAGGAGAUCAUCGACCUGGUGCUCGAUAGGAUACGCAAGUUGCGUGAGUGUAUCUCUAUGCAUGUUGGCCAAGCCGGUGCCCAGAUGGGCAAUGCCUGCUGGGAGCUGUACUGCCUGGAGCACGGGAUCCAGCCUGACGGCCAGAUGCCCAGUGACAAGACCAUCGGAGGAGGAGACGACUCCUUCAACACCUUCUUCAGCGAGACCGGGGCGGGCAAACAUGUCCCCCGGGCUGUGUUCGUGGACCUGGAGCCCACUGUCAUCGACGAGGUGCGCACAGGUACCUACCGCCAGCUGUUCCACCCCGAGCAGCUCAUCACUGGCAAGGAAGACGCUGCCAAUAACUACGCCCGCGGGCACUACACCAUCGGCAAGGAGAUCAUCGACCUGGUGCUGGACAGGACACGCAAGCUGGCAGACCAGUGCACAGGGCUCCAGGGCUUCCUCAUCUUCCACAGCUUCGGCGGUGGUACUGGCUCUGGUUUCACCUCCCUGCUGAUGGAGCGCCUCUCUGUCGACUAUGGCAAGAAGUCCAAGCUGGAGUUUGCUGUCUACCCAGCUCCCCAGGUGUCCACAGCUGUGGUGGAGCCCUACAACUCCAUCCUGACCACCCACACCACCCUGGAGCACUCUGACUGUGCCUUCAUGGUCGACAACGAGGCCAUCUAUGACAUCUGCCGCAGGAACCUGGACAUUGAGCGCCCCACCUACACCAACCUCAACAGGCUCAUUGGCCAGAUCGUCUCCUCCAUCACUGCCUCCCUGCGCUUUGAUGGUGCCCUGAAUGUGGACCUGACUGAGUUCCAGACCAACUUGGUGCCCUACCCUCGCAUCCACUUCCCUCUGGCCACCUAUGCCCCUGUGAUCUCUGCUGAGAAGGCCUACCAUGAGCAGCUGUCGGUGGCUGACAUCACCAAUGCCUGCUUUGAACCAGCCAACCAGAUGGUGAAAUGUGACCCCCGUCAUGGCAAGUAUAUGGCCUGCUGUCUGCUGUACCGUGGAGAUGUGGUGCCCAAAGACGUCAACUCUGCCAUCGCCACCAUCAAGACCAAGCGCACCAUCCAGUUUGUGGACUGGUGUCCCACUGGCUUCAAGGUGGGUAUCAACUACCAGCCCCCAACUGUGGUGCCUGGGGGAGACCUGGCCAAGGUGCAGAGAGCUGUGUGCAUGCUGAGCAACACCACCGCCAUCGCUGAGGCCUGGGCUCGCCUGGACCACAAGUUCGACCUGAUGUACGCCAAGCGUGCCUUUGUCCACUGGUAUGUGGGAGAGGGGAUGGAGGAGGGAGAGUUCUCUGAAGCACGAGAGGACAUGGCGGCCCUGGAGAAGGAUUAUGAAGAGGUGGGCACUGACAGCGUGGGAGAGGAAGAUGAGGAGGGAGAGGAGUAUUAGAAAGCAAAAAGUGAUCCUGUCUUGAUUUUGCUGUAUUCCAGUACCAACACAACUAGAAAUGUCUUGGACUCUAUGUAAAAAUAAAUGGACUAAUAUUUUAUGAAAAUCAUUUUCAUAGUAUUUUAGUGCCAUUUUCUUUUCAUAAAGUACCACUGAUAAACAUUAAAACGAUGUCAAAAAUGCAGUGUAGCUGGAUCAAUAUUUUGUAAUAAAAAA